CCUAAUGAGGCGAAGACGGGAUGGUAAAGGGGUGGCCAAAUGCCCCUUUGGGAUUAUGUUGGGUGCUGAAUAUGCUGGAAGAGGGCUUGGCAAAGAGACCAAGGAAGGACAUUAGAGUGGCUUUUCAGGCUGUUAAACCUCACUGGUCUGAGUAAUUCCACACUUAAUCUGUAACCUGAUCUCAAUCUUUAUCACCGUACAGUGGAGUCUCACCUCACCCAGUCUGAUGUGAUGGUGGGAUGAGUUACUUGGCACUUAACUCUUAAAUCUCCCUUGAAAGCUGCAGUUUUCAUUAAUAUCGUGUUAUCGGUGAUUUGCAACUCCAAGAUGCCCUAAUUUAGCAUCUUUAGCAAAUGCAGGAACUGUUUGACCUUGAAAAAUACUCUCCCUGUGGGGCAGUCUUCUGUUUAGUGAUUGGCCUCCAGUGUUCUCUAUGUAUAGAGGAAGAAAGGAGGGGAGGAAAAGAUCUAGCCAAGGCUCUGACUUGGCACUGGGUGCAGCAAGUGAAUCAGUGUUGCUAGAGCUUGGCUAAUGCAGUGAAUUACAAAUGGGAAAGGGUUGGAAAGAUAUUGCAGGAUGCUGAAUGUUGGACAGAGGAGGUGAUUUCUCCUUUAGGAAAGAUGCUACAAGAUGUGCCCCUAGAGGGACAGGCAGCAUGAAGUGCAGAGCACAGAGAGAACUGCAGCAUUAUGAGGAUUCCUGAGAAGAAACCACACUGUUACAGCAUGUACCCUUCCUGCUCUGCAGAAACUGCUCCAGUGUGAUGUGUGUCAUGUUCCACUGCCUCGACCAGACAGAGCUACUAAAAUAUUUAACGAAAUAUGGCUUGAGAAGGUUCUUGAGCUCCAAAAAAGUGAGCUAGUAAAUGCUUUGUUUCCCUCUAGAAGUCAGGCUUUCUCAUAAAUAGCUGGCUGAAGUGGUUGCUGACGUGGUGGCACUGACACAGCUUGUGUAUGCCUCCUUCACCCACACCAGUACUGUGAAAGAUAAGGUCUUCCUCACUUGGUUUGUUUAGUGAUUAUACUGAAUUGAUGCAAUGUUCAGGCCUAAUUUUUCCCUUCCUAAAUAAGGAAAGGGGUUUUGAACAAGAGAUUAAGGCAUUUAGUUGACACUCUGGCUAUAAAUGCUUCCAGAAGUACUACUUAGUGUUAGUUAGAAAAGCUGACACCACCUUAAGCUCCUAAAACUGCAUCUGUUAGUCUCUGAGGCAUUGAAAAACAUGAGUUCCUGUGUCUGUCAAAGGUAGUGGCAGCUGCUGUCUUGGAAGUGAGAGCUUCAUUCCUGUAUUAAUGAGAUUAAAUUGGGUAUUUAAGGGAGUUUUCGUGGCAAAAUAACAAUUUCCAUGAUGUAAUGGAUGGGAUCAAUGGAACAACUUCUAUUUUAGUUUGCUAUUUGUAAUAUCAGAGGCCAGUUUACAUGGGGUUGGCUCCUGCCUCUCUGAGGAAGUAAAUGAUAGCAGUUCUUGCACUCAAUUAUGUAUGACUGAGGGAUCUUCAGCACAAUUGAAAACGUAUGGUUCUAUAGAUAACCCUCUUGUGUAAUACAUGUUAACUCCUGAGGGAACCUGCUGGAGUUUGAGGCAGGAAUGAGCAGUAUCUGCUGAUGUGAUCUUGUUUGGAUGCUGUGGGGACUGCUUGCAAUCGAAAGCAAUCCUUGUCUGCAGAGCUGAAGUGUCUUAGCAAUUCAUUCUGUGUUAAAUACACUUGUAUUGUGCUACCUCAGGCUGACAGGGGAGAAUGUUUGCUGUUGGAGGUGUCCUUCGUUAGUGAUGGGGUGGUUAGACUGACAUAGCUGGUGAGCUUGUGGCUCCUUCUAUGUUGUGUUACAGCAAAAUUCAUGAAGUACGACUUUGUUCAUGGGCUUUCUCAGUGGGGCAACACAAGUGGAAUAUUUAUGUGGCUGCCAGUGAAGCAUGGGGCAGCUCUGCCUGAAACAAUACACAAGCUUGUAUGUCUAAGUACAUGUGACCCGAAUUUUUCACACUGAAGCAAAUGGGUAGCUUAUUUCAGGAGCUUUCUGAAGCAACUGCCUUCGCGCUGCCAUGUGGAAAUACAGGCUCUGAGGAGCUUAGAGAAAGCAGGCUGAAUUUGGACACAUCUUCAAGGCUGUGACCUCAGAAGUUAAUUACCUUUAAACUCCCUCCAGCCCUGGAUUCACUGACAGCUAGGAAGUUGGGUCUUGAUUAAUCAGCCACUCGAUGGGGAUUAACAGUGGAGCACCUCUUUGUGUCGCCUUUCCACCUCUGUGUAGCAAGACUAACAACUUCAGCACUUCUUCAAUAAUAAUUAUGAAACUGGUAUUAACUGAAUGGCAAUUAUGGAUUUUUAACUCUAACUCUCAGUAAACCAGCAAAGCCAUAUGUUGAAAUUCCUACCAAAUAGCUUUUCAUUCUUGAGGUCUCGUAUCUAUACAAGAAGUUGCAAGAUACCUGUUUGUACAAGAGGAAUAUAAGCAUUACCUGCCUGAGGAACAGAGGCUGAAAGAGAAGACACCCUAACUUGUUCGUGGAGUUAUGGUAGUAUUAUUUAUAUAGAUAUAACAAAUAUAUAUAUAUUUUUAUGGUGAUGAAUAUGGCUCCCCAGAAUGCUGACUCGGAAUCUAUGCAAGUUCAAGAUCUACCUGUGGCACAGCUUCAGAAACCAGAAAACAAGGAGAAUGAAAGUAGAGAGGAGACCAUUAGUGAAGGCUCUAUAGACCGGAUACCGAUACGGCUGUGGGUGAUGCACGGUGCAGUAAUGUUUGGCAGGGAAUUCUGUUAUGCCAUGGAGACAGCUUUGGUAACACCUGUAUUGUUACAAAUUGGUCUUCCUGAACAAUACUACAGCCUCACUUGGUUCCUUAGCCCCAUCCUGGGCUUGAUCUUCACUCCGCUUAUAGGUUCGGCCAGUGACCGCUGCACGCUGAGCUGGGGCCGCCGGCGGCCUUUCAUUCUUGCUCUCUGCAUUGGUGUCCUCUUUGGAGUUGCACUUUUCCUUAAUGGUUCUGUUAUAGGUCUGGCUAUCGGCGACGUCCCGGACAAGCAGCCCAUCGGAAUAGUUCUCACAGUGCUUGGUGUUGUGGUGUUGGACUUCUGCGCCGAUGCAACAGAAGGGCCGAUUCGGGCCUACUUGUUGGAUGUGGUGGACAGUGAAGAACAAGACAUGGCCCUUAACAUCCAUGCGUUUUCAGCUGGUCUUGGAGGAGCAAUUGGUUAUAUGUUAGGAGGGCUGGACUGGACACAGACCUUCUUGGGUGAUAUUUUUAAAUCUCAACAGCAAGUCCUUUUCUUCUUCGCAGCCAUUAUUUUCUCUGUCUCCGUUGCCCUCCACCUUUUUAGCAUUGAAGAAGAGCAAUAUAACCCUCAGCAGGACAGGAUCGAUGAAGAAGGAGACACCCUUUCCAGUGUCAAGCUCAGUGGUAGUCUCCCCCCCGUGAACCGACUGAAUGUAAUUAGUGAGGAAGAGCCGUAUGGAACCUCCAUGUUCCACGAUGAGGUUCAGUCAGAGCAUGAUCUCAAUAUGGAGUUCCUUGAGGUGAACAUUGUGAGAAGCAAGAGUGACUCGGUUCUGCACAUGCCCGAUGCUACAUUGGAAAUUGAAUCAGAGCUGCUUUUCCUGCAUGACAUCGAACCCUCCAUUUUUCAGGAUGGUUCAUAUCCAAACACUCCCCACAACACAAGCCAAGAGACCAUGAAGUCCAAACUCAACCACCUCUCUGCUUUCCUCAGGGACAAUGAGAAAGAGGAGGACAUGUUGCUUGAUAAUCGUUUAAACGAAGAUAAAGUCCCAAACAUCAACGGCUCCCUACCAAAAGAAUUCCUCAACGGACACGCUAGGAUAGGCAUGAAGCAAUCCAGCACAUCAAACUCCAUGCGGCGGCGGCGGCACAUGUUCUACCGUCAGCCAUCCUACACCUUCUCCUACUAUGGCAAGAUAGGCUCCCACCGCUAUCGCUUCCGUCGCGCCAACGCCAUCGUCUUGAUCAAGUCCUCCCGCAGCAUGAACGAUAUCUACGACAUGCAGAAGUGGCAGCGACAGAGGUGCAGGCACAGGAAUCAGAGCGGCACGACGAAUUCGAGCGGCGACACAGAGAGUGAGGAGGGGGAGACCGAAACCACUGUCAGACUCUUGUGGUUGUCCAUGCUAAAGAUGCCAAAGGAGCUGCUGAGACUGUGCGUCUGUCACCUCUUAACUUGGUUUUCCAUCAUUGCUGAAGCUGUGUUCUAUACGGAUUUCAUGGGACAGGUCAUCUUUCAGGGCGAUCCAAAGGCCCCUUCUAACUCAACGGAGUUACACGCCUACAAUGCUGGAGUUCAGAUGGGAUGCUGGGGACUGGUAAUUUAUGCUGCUACUGCUGCUGUAUGUUCAGCCUUGUUGCAGAAAUACUUGGACAACUACGACCUUAGUAUAAAAGUGAUCUACAUCCUGGGCACGCUGGGUUUCUGUGUUGGCGCUGCAGUGAUGGCUAUCUUCCCCAACGUGUAUGUCACCAUGAUAAUGAUCAGCACUAUGGGAAUAGUCUCCAUGAGCAUCUCCUACUGCCCCUAUGCGCUUCUGGGACAAUACCAUGAUAUUAAACAGUACAUCCACCACAGCCCCGGGAACUCCAAGCGUGGCUUCGGCAUAGACUGCGCCAUUCUGUCCUGUCAGGUUUACAUCUCCCAGAUCCUCGUGGCCUCGGCGCUCGGCGGCGUGGUGGACGCGGUCGGCACCGUCAGAGUCAUUCCCGUGGUGGCUUCGGUGGGAUCCUUCCUGGGGUUUUUGACAGCCACCUUCUUGGUGAUUUACCCUGAAGUCAACGAAGAGCCAAAGGAAGAGCAGAAGGGACUUGACCCUCCAGAGCCGACCAAGGCCAACGGCACGAGCACCGAGAAGCCGCCCGUGCUGAAGCUCACACGCAAGGGGGAUUCUGCGGCAGGGCUGGAGGGCGAGUCAGCCGUGUGAGGCCACCGCUGCUCCUUCACCACAUUCCAGGCAGUGCAGGUGCAGGAUGGAGGACUCGGGGUCGGGUUUUUCUUUUCCAGGAGAACAAAUUCGGAUCUUCACUCCUCAUAGCUAAAAAGAAAAGGCAGUUUUGUGCCAACAUGUAAAUGAAAUCCUGUAGUCCUUCAUCUAGGUUUGAAGCGGUAGCCGUGACGCCGAUUGCUUUCUCUACAGCUUAGAAACGUCAUCUCCGAACACUUUUUUAUUAAGGAUGCAUUUAGAUUUCGAGUAAGUUUUAUUAACCUGCAUGAGACUCACAGUGUAUACAAUUAGCUGUUAGAAAAAAUGAAAUUUUCAGCUGUUUUUAACUGAAAAUGGAAGCUCUCUUGACUUUAGUCUCUUGCUGCUUUUUUUGUCUGACCAUUUCAGAUUUACACUCGUGUAACAGCUCAAUCAAAACGCUUUGACAUCUCGAUCCAUUUCUUUCCAUGAGCAUGGUAUUAUCGGUCUGACAGCGACAGUUCUUUAAUGUUCAUUUUAGACUUCAUGGGUUUUAUUAGUGCAAUGACUAAGAAUAGGUUUCUUUGCUGUUAUUUUCAAGCGAAAACAAAAGCAAUUACUGCAGUUUCUAAGAAACUGCUGUGAAUCCUUUAGUCACACUGUUGAACAACAGCUCCCGGCUCUGCUGCUUGUCAAGAGAGGCUGAUGCUGAGUGCUUGAUGUCAACUGUAGAUGGAAGGAGCAGCAGCUGGGAGAGGUGACCAGCACUCACAGGUUCUUAUCACAAGUGCUGCAUUAUAUGAAUGUUGUUGGAAUAUGCUGUGACAAUGUUUAGCUGGGGGGGGGGGGUGUGUGUGUGCUGGUGAACUUGCCAUUUAAACCUGAUCAUCUCUGGAGGAAGCUGCCGCAGAGAAAAGGCAUCUCUGGGGUCAGCUUCAUGGGAGGGGGCAUGUGGAUUCUCUUUCGUAGGGAAAGGAAGUCAUUGCUUCAUUGCACUUUGGUCCUUUAACCUCCUGGCUGGGAGCACAGCAUGCAAGGUAAAGGCACGGUGUCAGUACAAGGUAAACCCAAGGCCUACCUCCAUCACCUUAUGGCAUAGUCUGGGUGUAGCAAAAUCUGUGUCAGAAACAGUUUUAGGCCUUAAAAUUCAAUCCAUGUGUUGCUGUUCCCAUCCCUGUGUUGGAGGACUUGCAGGCUGGAGCUCUUCCGAGCUGCUGUCCCAAUGUCAUCGGCGCAACCUCCACGUCCCCUUCCUUGAUUCAGGACAUAGCUGCAGCGCAAAGACGUUUGUUCUGUGAAGAGCUUGAAAGAGUUGUGCAAAUCUGGUUCAAAACAGCUCUUGGAUCACCAGCAGCGUGGCCCAGUCCACGGGCAGCCAGAGCUCAGUGAUCCAGCAGCCAUCUAAAGCAACUUUAGAAACCAAACUUCCAUUUGUUGUCUUCUGAGCAGUGUUUGUGAGGCUGUUUUUACUCAUUCCCACAUGAUCCCACGGGCUGCACUCCAUCCACGUGCUAAACAGACAAAUCUCAAGCUCGUUGUAAGGUUUCUGCUGCCUCAGACUUCUCAUACUACACUACUUCAAAAUGCAUGUGUAGAUCGUGCUGCAGUAGAGUCAUCCAACAGGAGAAAAUCUAUUUCAAACAGAAAAGCAGUUUUGAACAGAUUACUUGAAUGGUCAGUGGAUUGAAGAGGUUUGGAGUGGUUGAAGUUAAAGCUCAGUCUUGGCCAACACCAUUGCCAAAUGCCUGGUGGCAUCCAUGGCUUGCUUAGCUGAAGGCUUUCAGUGCUGAUGUCCUGUUCUAUCACGGGGGACAGUGUUGGUUUUAGGCCGGUGCAGUCACCCAGCACUGAAGUACACGUAAUCCCACAGGAUUUAGGGGUUGUUUGGUUUUUCCAAGUGUCUUGAGAAAGUCUUUUUUGUCUUUAAGGUGACUACAUUUUCCAUGUAGAGCACAUACUGUGAACUGUGUUCAGACAGGGCAGUGAUACUACUGAAGAACAUGAGACCUUCUGGAAGAAAUCAGUUGUGAGAAACACUUGAACUGAACUUCUGCCGUGAAUUUUAUCAUCUCAGUUGCAUUUAAUAUAUAUCCUGGCGAUGUUCAUAGAGAACAGGUUGUGUUUCACCCUGUAACUGGCAUUAGUGUAAACCACACACUGAGUUAGACAUUUUAAAGUGGCUUUAAUGCUUUUGAAGCAUCUUGAAGAUUCUGCUUUUGUUGCAGUGAACACUGUCAAAUCCUCCCUAUUUUAACCUCUAUUUCUGGUUCUCCUAUGGUUUAAAUCUCUGCAUCUUCUGACCAGUGCCAGCCUUACCCUUUUCCCCGGUGAGUUUCAUGGAGUAGCGUGGUUUCAAAUCACCAUUUACUCCACGUGGCACCUUCCUAAGCCAAGAUUUCCUUCCCAGCACCAUCGAGCUGGCCAAGGUCAGGCUACAGAGGAGAAGGUGAAGCUCCCUCUCAUUUCACACCCAGCAGAGGGAACAUGAAACCCUUUUGGGGGUGAGCUCACACACAUUUCUUUAGCUGUCUCAGCCAGGGGAAGGAUGUUUCCAACCCAGAGGUUUCCAAUCAAAGGCAGGUCCAGCUUCAUCCCAGCCAGCAGUUGGCAUGGCCUCAUGUCUAAGAAGUGGAUGUUAAAAUCCAUGUUUAGGGGUUGUCUCUGGGGCUGUUUAAUUGCUGUUUGUAACACAUGGAGGUACACGCUGCCGUGGAGCAGGAAGCUCUGCUUCACCCCUCUGGAAAGCUGAAGGAAAUCAUUAUUCCUUGUAAACGUGCUGAAGCAUUUGUAGUAUUGCCAGAAGAAGGAGCCAAAGUGUCUCCUCCUGUCCCUUGGCCAUGGAACCAUCACACUGCCUGCACUGUGCUUGGCUUCAGAGGUCCUUCACAGCAAUGCUCUGCUUCAAUUUGAGUUCUCUUUCUAGCCCAGCACUUCUCAGGUAGAGUGGGCAAUGAUUUAGUUCUUGUGUCCCUUACCUUGUCUUUUGAUACCAAAAUCAUUCAUUUUUUGGUCAUGAUCAAAGGUAUAAAGUAGGAUUUUACCUGUUUAUUGCAGAAGUUGUGGGAAGAGAGAUUUGAAGUGGCUUUUAUUUCUUCCUGGGGACAAUAAGCAUCAUUUUUAGUUUGUUGGGAUUAGUGUAUAGUCACAUUGAUCCCACGUGCUCCAUCCCUUUGGACCUUUACUGCAAUAGGCUCAAGGUUUGAUGGUUUCAUUCUGUGUUGCUCUGUUCUGUAAACAGCUUUAACAUAUUCUGCUGCAGGCACUAAGCUGCACAUCUAGAGAUAACUUCACAUGAGAGCAAAGAAGCUCAAACUUCAACCCCUCAGAAAGGCACAGCGUGGAUUUUGCCCUGGUGGGUUAUUGCAAGAGUCCAGUGGGAUCCGUGCUGUUUGUGGAGGGCAAUUUCAGACUCCAGAGCAAUAAUUUCUUAGGAAUGUUUCUCUUCCUGCUGGUUAGAUGACUUCCAAAGAGAUUUAUUACCUAAACAGCCUUUUCCUAACAUGGAUCUGGUCGUUUGCUAGUGCUGGCAGUGAGCAGUUACGGAAGGAUGCGGGUUGUUCGUCAUCAGGAGGGAGGAAGGCAGUAAAUCCAGUGGAGGUUCGUGCUCCUUGCAACACACCACGUCCUUUCCCCUUUCAUUUGGAGCUUUUCUAGACUGAGAUAUCCCCAUGUGGUGGGCUGGGAAGGAGGUAACUGCAAAUUCAGCCUCCUAGCUUUGUAACCAGUGCUGGUGCUGGAACACAAACUCUGUGAUGCUGCUGCAUGAGGUUUUCCACAGAGGCAUGGAUGUGAGGGCUGAUGCUUCCUCAUCCCUCUCCCAUCUGGUCUGAAUCCCCCCAGCACUUGGAAUGACAGCAGCAGUGAUCAGUGCCAGGUACCUCCUUAAACCUCAGUUCCAUCAUUAGACACAUCCACCCAUCAUCACUUGGUGAUGAGUUGGGUCCUCCUCCAGCAUCCACCAUCCCAGGAUGUGCGUGGCUACCAGCGGGCUGUUGUUGGCCAUGUGGGCUCAGGUCCCAUUUGUGAGUAAGGUGGAGAAGGCCACAGCGUGUUCCUGGGCAGGAGGGGAGCUCAGGGGUCAGGAUUCAUUCCUUUCUGGUGGUCACUCAUGUUCUCAGUGCUUUUGGGUAGACACAUAACCAGGUUGCUGCCACUCCACUGCUCCGUCCCUGCAAUGAGUUGUAGUUCAACCGCUGAGAGUUGGGCUUUUAAGGUGUGUGUGUGUGUGUAUCUGUGUGUAUGUACCUUUAUGUACACACUGCUCUGGCCAAAAUACCUUCAGUGCUCGUGUGCUUGUCAUCCCUGUACUCACAAUGUUCUCAACUUGAGUUCUUCCAGGUUUCCCUCAUCCCAUUCCGAUGCGAGACGAGCUCAGCUCUAAAGACGUAUCCUAUUUAAGUGAAUCAACUCCCGCAUGAUAUUCCAAGCACAUGUAGCAGCUUCAGCACCUGGAGUAUCUAUUUGUGAAAGAGAAGUUGAGUUUCUUUGCAGCUGGUUCGUCCUUCGUUUCCUUUGUAAAAGGCCAAAUAAAUGUCACGAACACCAAAUGUUGCACAGCAAAACGUUAGUGACGACUGUGUAGGAGAAAUACCAAAUUGUGUUUUUUCUUUGGAGAAUCUUGCUGGGGACAGAGCCUCCUCUGCCUCUUUGUUCUUCCUUCAACGACAAAGCUGAACGUUUGUAAAGUCAAAACUGGUCGUUUCGUGGUGCUACCCAAGGUUGGCUUGUUUCUGAUGUUGCAGCCAGAAGGAGCCAUGGGCACGGGCGAGCUGCAGAACCUCAUCCGGAGGUUUGACACUUGGGGAAUGGUGUUAGAUGACAACAAAAAGGCUCAGUUGCCUUUUCCUAAUGGGAUCUGCUCGUGAGGUGUUCCAGGUUUCCCUGGAAGUUCAAUUGAGACCACGUCCUGCAGAACCAGUUGUGUUUGGUUCCUCACCCCCUGUGGCUCUCACAGGUUCAACAUCACCUUCCCUCAGCCCAGGGACCUCAAGUGGUGCCCAGAGGGACAAAUAACUUCCCCCACCAAAGAGCAUCUGCUACAAUGAAGAGGCUGCUGAUGCUAAAACUUGAGCAAACCCCAGGACAUGGUUCCAUUUCCCAUGCUCUGAUGCAUUUGUCACUUAAAUUAAGCUGAAAUCUGGACUUUAACAUCCACUGGGGUGGUUCAGCCCAACAAGGCAUCACCUUAUUUACUCUGCACCUACUCGGUCCUCAGCAGUACCCAAAUUGUCACAAAUAGCCCCCCAAAACCCUGACUUUUCACCCAACAACUUGGCAGCUCCAAAUCUCACCGUUUGAUUAUUGCUUCUGCUGUAACACAGACACUAAACCCUUUGGGUAGCCCAAUGACCAGCUCCUUUGAAAUGCCUCCUGUUGGUAGCAAGCUGCAUUUUUAGGCAUCUCAUAGUGGGGAAAUGAAUUAAAAAAAGGUAAAAAAGAUAAAAAAAAAGAAGAGAAUAUUUAGUUCCUUUGAGAACUGGCCAUAUGACAACUACUGUUUUAUCAACUUAUUAAGUUGGGGCACUAUACUAGCUCUUGCUGAGUUUAGCAAUGUUUAUAAGCAUGUGUUAAACACAUACUGUUGUUUUCUGAGGAAAAAGGGAUAAAGCAAAGUAAUGUCACAGAUGAAUGUUUGAGUGCUUUGAGGGCAUAAUGUAUGGAUGAUGUUGAUUUCGACACCGUUGAGCUUAUUUUCUGUUUGAAGGUUAAAAAAGAAGGAAAGAGAUUUGUUGCAUGAGAACUGGGUUAUUGUGUUCUGCACUUUCUGUUCUUUGGGUUUUUGUAUAAUCUCGAUUUGGUUUUUCAUGUACGCAUAGAGAGGAGGAAUCAAUGUAGAACUAUUCUGCUCCACACACAUUGUGUUCGAUCCCUUGUUCUGGAGUUCGAUCUUAAUAAACAUUUCAGUAAGA